GAAUAUAACUAUGGUCUGGAAGUCCAUUGUUUUAUGUUAUUGUUCGCGUUUAUUUGUGUCACGUGAUCUAAGAGUGUGCAAAACAAAGUUCAAAUAAACAUACCAAGUUCAAACAAACCAACAAAUUUCAUAUAAAUAAAGUUAACACAGUUUUAUUCAAAGCUACAAUCAAGUUAUGCCUGGCAGGAAUUGUGCUUUUCCAACUUGUACAGUUUCUUAUACAAGUAAGCACAGCUUUAUGAGCAGCUUCCGAAUUCCAACAAGAAAGUGUGAGUCUGACUGGAAAAAUGAUAUCGUUAAAGUUUUAAAUAAAUACCGUCAAAUAGAUAAGUCAUUACAGGAGAGGAUUGAUGCUGGUCGUGUUUAUAUAUGUGAACGUCAUUUUAAACCUGAAGAUAUUGAGUUGACAAAAUCUGGUCGCAAAACAUUGAAACUUGGUUCAGUUCCAACAUUGAAUUUACCUGUGAAAUCACAUGAAACAUUCACAGCUGAGCGAAGAAAACUUGAAAAAGUUUGUAUUAAUAAACCGAAAACCAAAAAAGCUGUUUGUUACAAGCACUGGGAAGACUUUGUGUCUCGUGCAACAAAAUUAAAGAAUGUAUAUAACUGGCAGGUUACAAUUGACGAUAACAAGCAAAUUGCUCAGUUUAAAAAUUUUGAGAUACCAUUUUCUCUACCGAAGUGCGAAGUGAUUGUAAAUGAUUCUUUGGAAUUUACAUGUUUGGUGUUUGGUUGGAAACUUCCAGAUGAUCAUAUAAUUUACAAAGAUUUUAAACGAAGUAUGACAAAUGUAUUGAUACAGAACUUACUGCAAAAAAUAUCAUUGCUCAAUGUUUGCAAAGGAAUUGAUCAAGAAAUAAUAAAUUCCAGCGUAUUGAAUCAUGUUAUACCUUUUGAUUACGACCUUGAUACAAUAUCUCCUAUGCAAUAUAAAGAGUUAAAAAGACAUAAAGAUUGUAGGGUUUUACAUGAAGAAAGUGAAUGUGAUAUUUGUAAAAAAGUUAAAAUAUUAAUGAAAAAACAAUUUAAAUCUAAAAUAAAGAUUGAUAACACUGCAGCAAAGUUAAAAGCUCCUCUUACAAAAACAUCAAAGAAAAGAAUUGUUCUUGCAUUACAACAAGAACGAGUUAAAACCAAAGAAUUAAAAGAAAAAAUUUAUCGAAUGAGAAAAGAAAUUGAUGCAAAGAGUGUGGAACUCAACAAAGAUUUUAUUAAUGAUAUAAAUCACAUUAUGGAUUCCAACAACCAGAAUAUGACUCCAUUUAUGAAAUUAUUCUGGGAAGAGCAAAAAAAAGCUUCUACUAAUCAGAAGAGUUUAAAAUAUCAUCCUAUGAUUAUCAGAUUCUGCUUAUCCCUUUUCAUGAAAUCAGCAUCAGCAUAUGAUGAACUUAGGAAUUCCAUGAUACUCACUCUGCCAAGUCGGAGGACUCUUAGUGAUUAUAAAAAUGCAAUACGUCCAUCAGUCGGGUUCAAUCCUAAUGUAAUUGAAGAACUCAAACUGAUCACUAACAACUUAAAUGAUGUUCAAAGAUUUAUAGUACUCUCUUUUGAUGAAAUCAAAAUUAGUGAAAAUUUAGUGUAUGACAAGCACUCAAAUGAGCUUAUUGGCUUUGUUGAUCUUGGAGAUCCGCAUCUAAAUUAUAGCACUUUCAAAGACAUUGAUGACCUUGCUUCUCACUGCUUAGUUUACUAUAUUAGAGGUGUUGCUUCCGAUUUAAAGUUUGCUUUGGCAUAUUUUGCUACUAAAGGUGUUACUGCAAAUCAAAUUAUGUCUACUUUUUGGAAAGCAGUGUCUGUGUUGGAAUUAGAGUGUGCUCUUAAAGUAAUUGCUGCUGUGUCUGAUGGUGCUUCUCCAAAUCGACUGUUCUACAAAAUGCACAAAGGGAUGGAUAACAUUGAAUCAUUUGUUGUAAAUUCAUUGCAUCAUUCUGGAGAUAGUGAAAAUCAUACACGUAAUUUAUGGAAUGAACAAAAAGUUAUAUGGAGUUAUUUCGUGAAAUUAGUGAAUGAUGAUAUUUUCAGAGAUUUAAAGUUGCUGCCUAAAUUGACCUUAGAGCAUGUUCAAUUAAAUUCUUUUUCUGUUAUGAAUGUUCGAUUAGCAGCUCAAAUUCUUAGCAAAAGCGUUUCAAAUGUCUUACGCUUAAAGUAUCCCACAGAAACCCAUCGGAAUACCUUUCGUAUUGACUGA